AUGUCAACACCUAGCCAGACCAACGCCCAACAGGUCAGAGACUUUGUCCAAACAACCCAUGACAAGCCAUACGCUGCUAUAGACCCAACGAAGGCCACGCUACCAGAGAAUUAUGUCGUUUGCGUCAUUGGAGCUGGCGGUGCAGCUGGUGCAGGUCUAGCCAGAUCAUUUGCCAAAGCCGGCGCAUCCGGUAUGAUCCUCGCCGCUCGAACAGAAACGACGCUCGAAAAGACAGCAAAAGAGAUUGGGUCUAUUAACAGCUCCACCAAGGUUGUCUCAGUAACCUGUGACAUCAGCGCAGAGGCAGAUGUCGUUAAAAUUGCUUCAGCCGUGAAAGAACAAUUCGAUGGCAGGCUAGAUAAUGUCAUCGUCAAUUGUGGCUUCUCAGGCCCUUUGUCUAAAGCGACUGUUCUUGACGAAGACAUCGCUGAUGUCCAGAAGGCCUUUGCGGUUCACUGCACUGGUACAUGGCUUGCUGCUCAUUACCUGCUACCAUUCCUGCUUGAGAGUCACGGCAGUUUCAUCGUCAUAAGCUCAAUUUCAGCUCAGGGUAUCAGUGGCUUUGGCACAACAUCGCAUUACUGCGCGAGUAAGCUUGCACAGGCUCGCAUGGUGGAGAUUAUUCAUGCCCAGUAUGCCGAGAAGGGGUUAUUCGUUGCCAGUGUUCAUCCUGGUGGGAUGAAAAGCGACUUUUCUAUGGCGGCUUCGAAGGACAUCCAACAUUUAUUGAACGACGACCCAGAUCUUGUGGGUUCCUUUUGCGUCUGGCUAAACAACACUCAAGGCGUGAAAAGGCGAAAAGAAGCUUUGAACGGGCGAUGGGUGUCGUGUAAAUGGGACGUCGCGGAACUGGAGCAGAAGUAUGCCGUGAUCAAGGAACGCGAUCUACUCCGAUUCAGAAUGGCAGUCGAAUAG